UGCAAUGAAUGCAUUUUUCGUGUUGUUGGCGUUUUCCUCUUUUUUUCUAGUGGUUCAUGAAGCAGUGGCGUGGUGAUUUUGGUGUAUCUUCAGGCCUUCUAUGCUAUGUGAGUGUGCUAAAGUGUGCCAUCGUAGGACGAGACAGUUUUUAGUGGUUGCUGGCGAUGAACUGCUGGUCUGGGAGAACUGAGACCUGGUGACUGUCCCGAUUUCUGACCACUUUAUUUUCUCCUCAUUGAGAAAAUGGCAAGCGCAACCAUAGAUCACAGUCUGGACGAGGAGGUGGGCUCCUACUGGAAGAAAGACCUUGACCUGGACGAGUCGAAGCCUCAGAAAAAAGCUAAAAUGCUUGAGCGUAUGUCUAGCACGCGUCCUUGGCUGCGUCGACGAAUAUCGCGCAAAGCAAGCCAGUCAUCCAUGCAUUCACCUGACGCUGAUGCCAUUUCUCAAACUGGCAGUACGCACUCACAUUGGCCUGAAGACAUGGAUCAAGCUUAUUGUGAGUCUGAGGAAGCGGAGGAGGGUGAUGAGGGUGCAGCUCGCCCAUGGAUCUACGGUGAAAAAGAAUACUCUGUGCACUCACUGAGCUGCUCAACGAGGACAUUCGGCGACUCCAGUGAGAUGGCUGAGAUAGAGGGAUUUUUUGAUCGCUCAGAACAGUGCGUAAAAGCUGAUGCGGCUGACGGAGACGUGCCGAGUGUGCAUACGGAAACAUCGAGUGCAGACUUUCUGGAGCAACGCCAGGGUCAGCUACCACAGAAGCAGCAGCAGCAACAACCGCUGCAGCAGCAGCAACAACAGAAGCAGCAGCUACAGUCACAGGAGUCUCUGCUGCAGCACCAGCCGCAUGCACCGUUAGCUCACUCUCCGUCGGCCAUUUCCCGGUCCAGUGCCGGCAGCGGCAAAUCGCAGUGCUCCAGAGACAGCUGGUAUCACGCACAGGGAAGCACCGGAUCGCUACCGCUGGCCUUGGCAUCUGACGGCAGGAAGUUUGCACAUGUGCCGAAGGCCGGACCGCUGCCAUGCCGCUGCCCGUCGUGCUGCACUUGCUGCAGCAGCAGUAGUAGCGGCGGCAGUCUUCAGACACUGUCCAGCGGCAACAGUUGCACUGCGGACAGAGCGAUGGUGCACACGUUCCCGCGCCUGCGAAGCCGCAAGACGUGCCCGCUGCGCUCCUCACUGGAGUUCACGGCGAAACGCUCGCAUCCCGGAUCGCUCACGUGCAUUGUGGCGGAGAAGGACGCGAGCGGCGACCAGCAGAAAGUGGGCCAUCGCGAGGCCGUGCGCCUGCACAGCGCGCCCGGCAGCAUAUUUGCCGUCACCAAGUCGCGCAGCCCGAGCAUGCACAGCGCGACGGGCAGUCUCGGCUACUGCGCCAGCGCCAAGCAGCAGCAGCAGUCGGCGCUCGUCGCCGCCGUGCACCAUCCCAGCCUGGGCAGCCAGAUGCAGAUGCUGGGGGGCCGGAAUGCCGACGACUUUGGCUCCGUGCAGACGCUCUGCCAGGAGAAGGCGCUCGUCGAGGAGGAGGAGUGCGGCGAUCAAACGUGCGCUACGGCUACGCCAGCCGCGUCGGCGGGGGCAGCGUCGGCCUUCUGGACAGACGGCCGCAUCUACAAGGCACGCGUGCAGACGAUGCUGGACUGGUUCGACGAGUUCAGUGACCAGCAGCGCAAUCUCUUCCUGGAACGCCUGCUCGGCUCAGCGUGCGGCGUGUCUCAGAUGCAUUAUUUGUCCACGGCGCUGGAGCCGGUGCUGCACGAAUCCUGUCCGCACAACUGCCAGGACUUGCUGUCUUGGCUGCCGAUGACCAUCUCGUGGCACAUCCUCUCGUUUCUAGAUCCAGUGAGUCUGUGUCGAGCAUCACAAGUCUCUACUGCCUGGUAUGAGUUGGCAUCAGAACCUGUCUUAUGGAGACGGCUGAGCAAAGUGUCACAGUGGAGGCCAUCAGAGCUGGAAAGCCAGCGACUUGUCAACAUGUACACGUGUCCAGAUUCCGGCUUUAUAGAUUGGAAGCAUGUCUUCAGCGAGAUGUAUCGCCUGAGGCGCAACUGGCUGCAGGGACGAUUCACCGUCCGGACGUUUGCCGGCCAUACAUCCGGCAUCUCUUGCGUACAGUUUGACGACACGAGGAUUGUCAGCGGCUCUUCGGAUAGAACCAUCAAGGUGUGGGACAUCCGCACCAACACACCAUGGUGUGCACUGACGCUGGUCGGCCACUCCGCCACUGUUCGCUGCUUGCAUCUGAGAGGCAAUCAGCUUGUCAGUGGAUCCGCGGACUGCACUAUCAAGGUGUGGGAUCUGUCCAUGGAUGCCAGCGGCUGCUGGAGCAGCGCUGCUUGCCGCGUCACGAUGAUCGGUCACCUGCACACCGUGCGCUGCCUCAAGGUGGAUGACACCAAGGUGGUGAGUGGGUCGUACGACAUGUCACUGAAGGUCUGGGACUUGAAGAGCGGUCAGUGCUUGAACACGUUGCACGGCCACGCUGGCGCGGUUAUCUGCCUGCAGUACGACGAGGAGCGCAUCGUGUCCGGAGCAGCUGAUAACACCAUCAAGGUGUGGCGGCUGCAUGACGGUGAGUGUCUGAUGACGCUAGUGGGCCACCAAGAUGCCGUCACUUGCCUGCAGUUUGACAGCGAGAAGAUCAUCAGUGGCUCGGUGGACUGCGCCAUCAAGUUCUGGAGCAUCGAAACCGGACAGUGUAUACAAACCCUGGACUGGAUUCGCUCGGAAGGUCAUCGUGGUGUUGUUCGUGACUUGCAGGCAGAUAGUUGGAAGAUUGUCAGCGCAGCCGAUGACAAAACAUUGAAGGUUUGGUCCAUCGGCAAAGGGCAGCGCUUACUGACGCUGCACUGCCACACGGACGGCGUGACGUGCCUGCAGUUCAACGACCGGCGCAUCGUCUCCGGCUCCUACGACAAGACGGUGAAGCUGUACGAUUUCUCCGCUUGCUAAAUUCAAUGCGCGCCUCUUAUGGCAAGUGCCAGAUCUAACCCCCAUGUACUGACUAGACGACUAACAAUGUUGCAUCAGUUGGAUUUCAAGAUUUAUCCCCGGUACUAUGUUCUCCUAGUGCAGUUAAAGAAUUAAAAUUUGAUGUUAGUUAUCGCAAAGAAUUCCAGGAUCUUAUUUUUUACUCGUUUUAUAAUAAUAGCUGCUGCUGUGAAUCCCGUGCUAUAUGGCUUUUAUUUUUUAUUCUGCCUAUAUUUAUAGAACUCAAGCAUAUCCAGUGCUGUUAUGCCAGCACUUUUACCCGACUGCCAUUCGCAGUUAUCAAGGAACUCAACUCA